AUGUCGGGGGGAGGCGGCGGCGCGGGGCUAAUGUCGUGCGUGCGCGAGGGCUCCCUCGAGCCGCCCUACCGACCGCCGCACACCGAAAACAGUACUCAUGGCGAAGGGCGCACAGGUCGGUUUCUGCGCGGGUUACGGCGCAUGUUCAAGCGGCGCGCGCGCACUGACAACUCUCCCGAUCCCAAGAGUAGUUCCACCAGUGAACUGCUGGAUACUGAGCGCCAUACUAGAAGAAAAGAAGGCGCAUACGGCAGUGGACUGUCAGUUUCCCACGACUCUGUCUUCACAGGAGAGAGGUCGGACGAGUCGAGCGACGAGAGACCGGCGCACGGGAUCCCGCACGUUGCCUCACAUCGGGCGGAGUUAGUAGCGGCGGUACGGAGACGUGGCCGAGGUGACAGUGACGAUGAUGAGGACUUGGGUCUGCCUCGCAGUCCGCCUGCGUCUCCACCCACGGACAAGGCUGACAAUCGUCAUCAUCACCCCGGUAUAUCGCAGUCGUCGUGCAGCGAUGGCUCGCUGCUCAGCGUGGGCUCGUCCGAGAUGGACGAGGACAGUUCUAGUGGCCACCAACACGACCACUCUAGAAGCGAUCACUCCGAUUUGUAUAACUCGUCCGAGCCACCCUCCGGCGUGGCCCCCCUAUCGCACUCGGCCGCGCGCCACAAGAUGGCGGUGCGCCCGCGACGCACGCACGGAGCGCCGCGCCGGAAGAAAACACACUCUAUUGCCGCUUCAGCCUUGCCGAUAACUCCCGAGUUGAACGAAGAAAUGAUACGAAGCACUACUCCUGAUGUCAUACACAAGCUCUCAGAAGUUGUUACUGAAUCAUUCUCUUCAUCGAGUACGAAGCAUCAUAUGAUAAACAAAGAGCAGCCCCAACUCACCCGGGAGCUGCAGAAAGUUCUCGAGAACAGCGAUACUAAACUAAAAUCAUCUUCCUUACCCCCUGGACUCGCCCUCAGUCAACUGGGACAAUCCCCGAAACUGAGUAUCCCUGAAAAUACAUCAAGAUCUUCCAUAAAACGAAGCAAAUCAAGCACACAGGAUCAACCUCUACGUGAAGCUUCACCUGUCUCCAGCGAAGUCCAGACACCAAAGUAUCGCGACAAAAAACACGCCGAAGAAUCUUGCCUUGAAAAGAAAUCAAAGUCGGAGAAAAAACUCGAGAACGAAGUCAUACGAUCUUCCAAGAAAGAGGAGUCGUUUUUCAGUAGACUGCUAUUGAGAAAGAGUGGCAAGAAGUCCAAAAAAGACCAAACAGAUGAUGGACAGCAGGAAGUCAAGAAAACGAAAACUGAGAAAACCCAAUACAAAUCCGUUGAAGCCGAGAAAGGCUUUUAUUAUGAACAGGGCCAAAGUUACAAGUCGUCCUAUAAAUCUGCCGGUCAGAAGGUUUUCGCAAACCAAAUGCAUAAACGGAUAGACAAUAAAGGUGCAUACAUACACGAUGGCGCGUACAAAGACGUGUACAGCGCAGCCAAAGUACCAGGAGUAGAAUAUAACAUAGCUGAUCUCAAAAUCGCAGAAGAAACCGAUAAAAUGCUAAAUCAAGAAAUAAAAAAUCGUUUCAGUAGACGGGAGGAAUUUAAUAUAAAGCAUUCUUCGAAAGAGAGUUUUGAAGACAAACGUGAAUCGUUCAACUUGCAUCACGACAAGUCGAAACGGCCGCAGUCCAUUCAGAGAUUGAUCGAUCCGUAUUCUUCUAAAUCUUUCAUUAACAAUGAAAUAGCAGGUCGAGCUCAAGAGGAAAGGCCAUCAACUUUCGAUGUUCAUGAUGAAGAACUGCGCGGAAUGAGAAUUAAGAGUGUAAGCAAUGACUACGUCUUCCACAGUGGGAGUAUGCCGAAAAAUCUGCCAUACUUCCAUCCAGGAGGAUCAUCUCCAACAAAAACUAUGGCGCAAUGCUCAGAAAACAUGAAAUAUAUGAGUAGGUCAUCUGAAGCGUCUGAUUUCCGGGAAAAGGAGAUUAUAUCAAAACGUGAAACAUUCCAUCAUGUUGGCAGAACUGAAGAAUCUUAUGUUACUUCCGGCUUGAGGUCUUUGGGUGAAGAGUUCGUUGAAGCACGAAGCAGUAUUGGAAAAUCGCAUAGUUUCCGAUACGCGUCAGAGUCCCCAUCUAUAAGUUCCCAAGAAAACCAAAUGCCAAGUUUACCCGCGAUCGUAGGUAUUUCAGAGCCUUUGCUCGAAAGUUGGGAAGUUAACUAUAGGCGCAAUGUCAGUGAAAGGCAUGAUUAUUCUAAAAGAGUAUCCGCGAGAAAUUACAUUCUUCAAGCCAAUGAGGAAAACUUUGAUAGUUUGCCCAGUACCGGUACUGACAGCAGUUACCUGGACAGCUUAAAGCCUGAUGUAAACGAUGACUGCAAGCUUUUCACGAAUAGCAUUCAAAUCACAAUGGAAAGUAAACGUGAUAGCGACAUUUCCCAAAUAGAGGCUAAAAUAGAUGACAUCAUUAGUUCACCUAAACCUAUUAUAUCCCCAAUACUCAAAUCAAAUUCUUUGGACAGUGUAAAAAGUAGUCCCGAAAAACCAAUGGAUGAUAGAAGGAAGACCAUUUCGGUUGAAAGUGCUUUGGGACAGACUAAAGUUAAGAAUGAUGCAAAAAUUGAUACAGAAAGCUUCGUAUCUGUGACUCAUAUUAAUAAAGACCUAACUUCUAACGUAGUUAAAACUACAGAAAUAGCAAAGUUGAGCAAAAGUGAUGAGAAAAUUCAAAAAUCAGGCACAAAGAAGCAUGUAGGGCCUGAAUUUCUCCACAUACAACUAAAUAAAGUCGAUACUAAACCUGUUACAAAUGUAGUAUUAACAGCAAACGUGACACCAAAAAAAGUGGAAAGUCCCAUAGUAGAAAAAGAACAAGACCUUGAAAAUUUUCUCAUAACAGAGUCUAAGUCGCAAAACACUCACAUAAGAAAAGAAUCCUUUAAAAAGAGCGACAGCGUGGAAAGUGAAACAUCUCUAACUUCAUCUAAAAUAUCUAAUGCUGGGAAUAUCACACCUCAAAGUCCUUCGACACCAAAAAAUUUUUUCAAAAAGAAAUCAGCAAGUGUCGACUCCCACGAACGUGUAGAGAAAAUUAGAACAAGCUCUGUCAGUACUGAAGGGAGUACAGAGAAAAUCGACGACAAUAUAUCAAUAGAUCAAAAAUCACACUCCAGUUUUGGAAGCAAAAGCUCAAUCCAGAGUACCGAUAGCAAUGAAAAUAAAAUACCCGAUCGAGACGAAACAGUGGUAUUUCGUAAGAAACAUAUUAUAGGGAAGGAAUCUCGAGACAGAAAGAACGAUGAUGAACCAGAAUUGAUGAAAGUCUUUGCUCGACGUUCACUAAAGCUUAAAGAUUCUGAAGUUGACCACAUAGCUCAGGAAAUAGCGGAAGCGACAAAAAAAGAUGAAAGUGCCGCAAAAACAAAAAUACUAAAAAAUGAAUUCAAUGCAUCCAUUAAAUCUCGAGAUAGUGAUAAAGAAAAUGAAGAAAAUAAAGAGCAAAGUCCGGAAAACAAAUUAGUCGAUAUCGCGGCUAGAGUAAGCCAGUUUGGAAACUACCAAAGGAGUGUCAGCAUAAAUAGUGUCACUUCAAAACGUGACAGCGCUCCAGUGUUCUCUAGAAACGAAGUGAAUAAAUAUAAGAAGGAGGUAUCAGAUUCGACUCCCGAAAAGAGAUUGAGAAAUCGAACUUUUCCAGACUCAUCUAACGAUAGAGAGGAUAUCAAAAGCUUGACCAAAAAUGAUGCAAUGGCAUUCAAAGCUGAUACUCUAACAAAAAGACCUUGGCAAAAGAAAGAUGAUACCGAAAAACGAGAUAGUACUGUGAUAGAAAAGGAUGGAGAUAGCGAGAAGUAUGAAAGUGGGAAAGAGAAAGAAGAAGCGGAUGGAUCUCCACAGUUUAAGGGCAUUUUACAAAUGAGAGCAGAGUGGGAGAGACGAGCGAAGGGAAUGACCAAA